AUGUUUAGCUCUACAGUGCGACGCUGUGCAGCCUCCGUUGCUACUCUCCAGUCGUUUGCCUUACAACACUCGACAAGUCAAUGGCAUGCUUUAUCAUUCAGCCGUCGUCACUUCUCGCAAGUGUCAUUUGAUUUCGUUGACGGCGAGGGAAAGCGCACAACGGUAAAAGCAAACGUUGGUGAGACACUGUUGGACGUGGCCCAAGAGAAUGACUUGGAGCUCGAGGGUGCGUGUGGUGGAGAAUUAGCGUGUUCUACAUGCCAUUUGGUAUUUGAAAAGCGGAUUUUUGAUGAGCUGCCAACAUUAAGUGAGGAAGAAGAGGAUAUGUUAGAUCUAGCGUGGGGGCUCACAGACACGUCACGAUUAGGUUGCCAGAUACAUGUGUCCAAGAUGAUGGAAGAGGAAUAA